AUGCAAUUAGAACAAAAUCCUACUCUUAACCAAACUGAAUUAGAGAUUAAAAGAAAGCAAUUAAAAGAAUUAGAAGAACAAGAAAAAGAACUAACUAAAUCUUUGCCACUAUCUACUCAAAUUAGUAUUUUAGAAAAAGAAAUUAAAGAAUUAGAGAAUAAAUCUAAUAAAACUCUCACUGAAAAGGCUCUUUUAGAUAGUAAAAAGAAGGAGUUGGAAGGGUUAUUAAGAAAGAAGAAUAAUUCUAAUGUUAAUAGUGAUAAAUCAGUUGACAAAACUAUGCUUUAUAUUGGAAUAGGAACAUUUGGUUUAUUUGCUUUACUUUUAAUCUUUAUUCUUACCAAAAACCUCCACUCUGGUCCUCUCGUACUAAGAGCAGAUCUUCGCAAAUUUCCUACGCCCACAACAGAUAGGGACCAAACUGUCUCACGACGUUCUAAACCCAACUCACGUACCGCUUUAAUGGGCGAACAGCCCAACCCUUGGAAGAUUCUGCUCCUCCAGGAUGCGAUGAGUCGACAUCGAGGUGCCAAACACUUCCGUCGAUGUGGUCUCUUGGGAAGUAUUAGCCUGUUAUCCCCGGGGUAA